AUGGGCUGCUGCUUUUCCAGUCAGGCAUCGAGUGCCGCGUCUCAUGGAGAGAAUCAACGGCCUGCUACUCCUCCACAGCAAAUCUCGCACCAACAAGGAGACGCCGGCAACUUGAGCGUCUUACCAGAGGCUGUCGUUGCAACAACGCCCAUUGCCGCCCCAGUGGCGAUAUCAGGGGCUGAGCAAGGGGCGGCCAUUAUCGAUGCCAUAACUCCCAACGAGGCUGGUCCAAGCUCAUCCGAGUCUCGGCGUUCAGAAUCGCCAGCUUCACGACACAUCAUUCUCGAGCCGACGGUCUACGUCCCUCCAUCUCGGACAAACGACGUUGCAGAGCUUGACGUGGCUCCUGUUCGGCCUCUUGAAUCUGCCGACAACCAUGUGAAGAAUUCAUCUUCAUCAAGUUCCAGCUCAAGCUCAAAUUCAGGCUUCGGCCGCGGUUCGGGUUCCAAGUCAAGCUAG